AUGGCGUUUGGAGAGAACGUGUUUACUCUCUUGCCCGACGACAAUGAUGGAGACAUUGGAGCCUUCAUCAAUGUAGUUGCUGCGGAGUCAAGGGUUGCUCAGGACGAGGAGAAGAAGAAGAGACAAGAAGAGAAGGCGGAAGCCAAGAAGCAGAAGCAAGGGCAGCAAGAAGAGAACCUUCGGCAUGAUGCUGUGAUGCGCGCAAAGCGUCCUGUUCUUUCUAACUUGUUGUACAACAACCAUAUCGUUUUCACGAAGGAUAAACCAGCCGAAGAAGGUAAAGAUCAAGGAGUGGGUGUUAAAGAAAAAGGAAAAUCCGGUGAGGAUGGUUUCCAAGAUAAGGUAGGGGCGACUGUUUAUCAUCAAGAAAGGGGUAGUUACAGUGGGGGGUAUAGUAACGAAGGAGACAAUGGGUACCAGGGAAAUCAGGUAGGGGAGGGACGUUAUGAAAGGAACUAUGGAAGGGGUAAUCUUCGUCAAGAUAAUAAUGGAGGGUAUGGAAGUUAUAGCAGGGAUUGUGAAAAGGAUACUCUUUAUCUGGAGAACAAUGGAGGGGAACAGGGUUUUAGAGGGGAGAGAAGUUAUAGAAGGGGUCGUCUUUAUCAGGAGAACAAUAGAGGGGAGAGACGUUAUAUAAGGGGUAAUCUUUAUCAGGAGAACAACGGAGGGGAGCAGGGGUUUAGAGGAGAUGGAAAUCAUCGACGGUUUUAUUUUUAUCAGUAUAACAAUGGUAGGGACGAAGGCUAUGUGGCUUAUCGUGGUGGUGGAAGAUGGAGAGGCCGUGGACGAGGGAGAGGGUUCAAUGAAAAUAAUGGGUCUGAAGAUCUCGUUUCUGAAGAAAGUCAGCAUGUGGUGAAGGAUCUCAAUGGCAGUACGGAGAGACAGAAGAAUGGCGGCUUGAGUUCUGGUGAUAGCCUUAACGGGGUUCAGAUGUCUGGUAAUUCUGAAAAGAAAGAGCUUGAUGAUACAGAACAGCCACUCAAUGGUGAUAGAGAGGAAGCCGCAGAUUCUAACGUGGAGGAGAAAAAGAAAAAGAAGAAUGAAGUUAAUGAUCAUUCUAAGGAGAAGUCUCAACAGAAAGAGGAGAGUCCUGCAAACACCAUGACCUACCAAGAAUAUGAGAAAGUGCUACUUGAGAAGAAGAAGGCUUUGGAAGCAAUGGGGCUCUCUGAGAAACCGAGAGCUAACCUUGACAAGGAUUCUGAGUCGAUGCAACCCAUUGGCAAGAGGAUUGAGGAAAGUACCGUCAAGCCCAAAUCUUCCGAGGACAAGCUGAGGAAGAAAGAUGGAGUUACCAAUAAGAAGAAUGGCUCCAGGUCAAUCAACAUUGAUGAGUUCCUCAAACCAGAAAAGGGGAAGAAAUAUUUUGCAGGCUAUGGUGGUCGGACUGGAUAUCAGGGUGAGAGUAGUGAUGGGCCUGGGGACGUUCAUAAUGGCCGAAUGUUUUCAACGCAAGCGCCUGCUCCUAGAAUCGAUGAUGUGGUUCAGUUUCCUGCCCUUGGGAGGAGAAGCAGCAAAAUGACCUGA